AUGAACUUAGCUAUCACCUCCACGCGCACUUUGCUGCGCCGCAGCGUCGGCAAAGUAUCCAAAAGGGAACUUGCUAUGGCUGCUGCCGCGGAGCCUGAACUAAAGACGACCAUUCUUCACGACAAGCAUGUCGACCUGGGUGGUAAGAUGGUUCCAUUUGCCGGGUAUGCCAUGCCUGUGCAAUACCCGGACGGAAUCAAAGACUCGCACCUUUUCGUGCGCUCCUCCGCCGGCCUGUUUGAUGUAUCUCACAUGGGACAGGUGCGCCUGCAUGGCGCUGACCGCGUUCGUUUCAUUGAGAAGCUAGUUGUCGGCGAUAUCGCUGGUCUGGACGAAGGCACUGGAGUGCUAUCAGUUCUGACAACGGAGAGCGGUGGUAUCAUCGAUGACACUAUCGUGUCAAAUUUGGGUGGCAACCUUCAUGGAAUGGUGAUUAAUGCCGGGUGUAAGGACAAGGACGUCAAGCACAUGCGCGAACACUUGGCGGAGGCCAAGCAGGCUGGGAUGGAUGUGGACCUUGAGGUGGUCGAGGACCACGAGCUCUUGGCGCUACAAGGGCCCAAAGCUAUGGAGACGAUGCAAAAGUUUAGCCCUAAUCAUGACUUUGUCAAGAUGGCGUUCAUGUCAGGUGUUAAUAUUGAUGUGAUGGGAAUUCCGUGCCAUGUGACGCGGUGCGGUUACACCGGGGAGGAUGGGUUCGAGCUGUCCGUGCCUGGGGACAGAGCGUUGGAGGUAUUCGAGGGGUUGAUUGCAGAAGACGCGGUGCGGCCAGUGGGGCUUGGAGCGCGUGACUCGUUGCGGCUUGAGGCGGGGUUGUGCUUGUACGGGAAUGACAUUGAUGACAGUACGACGCCCAUAGAGGCGGGGCUGACUUGGACGGUCGGAAAACGGCGUCGUGAGAGCGGAGGGUUCCUGGGGGCGGACGUUAUCCUGGGUCAAAUCAAGAACGGGACGUCGCGACGACGGAUGGGAUUUGUGAUGGAGAAGGGGGCGCCGGCACGUGGUGGGGAGGCGCUGAUGAACGAGGAGGGAGCGGUUGUCGGGAAAGUGACCAGCGGCGGUUUUAGUCCGUCGCUCGGGAAGGCAAUUGGGAUGGGGUACGCGGACAAGCCGUUCAACAAGAGUAAGACGAAGCUCGCGGUGCAGGUGCGAUCGAGGACGAACGCGGUCGAGGUUCGCAAGAUGCCUUUGGUUCCUGCCAGCUACUACAGCGUGCCCGAGUAG